UCUUCGGGCUCGGCCGCCGUGAGGUGGGGCGACCCGCUAAGCCCAAGGGCGGCGGCGAGGGGGGAGCGCCCCAGCCCUUCGCUCCCGGGCCCGGCCGGCUCCGCGGUCCGAGGGGAUGCUGCGUCCGGGCUCCCGGUACCGCGGCGGCCGCCCAGGCCAGUAAGGCGCCCCCCCCCCCCCGCGCGCUUGAUGGAGUGGGCUGGAGGCGGCGGCGGCGGCGGCGGCGGCGGCAGGGGGGCCGUGGCGACGUAGCGCGCAGCCGAGGCGACGCAGCCGGGCAGGCAGGGCCGGGAGCGGCUGCAGCAGGCAGGCAAGCAGGCCGGCGGGCUGGCGAGCCGCAGCCAUGAGCGGUCAGAAGGGCCAGGCGCGGGACGGCCCCGGUGCCCUUCCCAACGGCGCGCCCAGCGGCACCUUCGAAGACGACGACGACGAGGAGCCCCUCUGCGCGCCCGGCCGCCUGGCCUCGGGUGGUCCCAACGUCUUCCGAGACGGGCGCACCAAGAUCGACUUCGUGCUGGUCUGGGAGGAGAAGGCGCGGCCCGCCCCGCGGAGGAGCCGCGCUCAGGCCCGCGCCCAGGAGGCGGCAUUGGCCGGGCGCCACCGGCGCUGGCGGAAGAAAUUCCUGCGCAACCUGCGCGCCGCCGGCCUCCUCCUGGAGCAGGAGGAGACGUCGAGCGAGCGGCGGAGCAUCGGCUACCUGAAGCUGAGCGCGCCCUGGGCGCUGCUGCUCUACUACGCCGAGGAGCUCAGCCUGCGGGCGCCGCUGCAGGCCCAUCCCAACCCGGACCGCAACAGCUCAGACGCCCUCUUCCGUCCGCUGCACCUGCCCAACCCCAUGGCCCAGCGGGUCCCCAACAAGCCCCUGGACUUCUACACCUGCGCCUUCCGCCAGUCCAAGCUCGACAGGUUUCUGGGCAGCGACUCCCCCGACUCCUAUUUCAGCAACACGCAAAGGCAUCGCAUUGUGUACGAGAUCUUGGCACGGACUGUCUAUGGGAAGAGGAAGCACGCCGAAGUGGGCAUCGACCGGCUGCUGAUUGAGGGUGUCUAUUCUGCGGCUUUCCCCUUGCACGAGGGCCCUUUUGAACUGCCCGAGUACGAGGUGCCAGGUGAGGAGCUGAACCCUCGGCAGACCCUGUACCGCUUCUGGGCGCAAUGGAGCUGCUGGAGCAAGUACCAGCCUUUAGACCACAUCCGCGAGUAUUUUGGAGAGAAGGUGGCCAUCUACUUCGCCUGGCUGGGCUUCUACACUGCCUGGCUCCUCCCUGCGGCGGCUGUGGGCACCUUCGUCUUCCUGGCCGGCCUCUUUGCCAUGGGAACAAACACACCAGCGCAGGAGAUCUGCAGCAGUGGGAGUCAGUUCCUCAUGUGCCCCUUGUGUGACACCUGCAACAACUGGAACCUCUCUGAGAUCUGCUCCAUGGCAAAGGUUGGCUAUCUCUUUGACCACCCGGGGACCGUCUUGUUCAGCAUUUUCAUGUCCUUCUGGGCUGUGACCUUCUUGGAAUACUGGAAGCGGAAGAACGCCACCCUGGCCCACCACUGGGACUGCCUGGACUUCCAGGAGGAAGAGGAACGGCCCCGGCCAGAGUUUGCAGCCAUGGCGCCUUGCAUGGAGCAGAACCCUGUCACUGGAGUGAAGGAGCCCUACUUCCCGGAGCGGGACCGCCUGUCACGCAUCCUCACCGGGUCCAUGGCCAUCAUUCUGAUGCUGUGUGUGGUGAUGAUCUUCUUGGUGUCAGUGAUCAUGUAUCGUGGGAUCGUCAGCACAAUGAUGUACCGCACAGGAAACCCGCUCUUGGUGAGCCAGGCCGGGAACAUUGCCAACAUCAGCAGCUGCAUGGUCAACCUGAUCCUCAUCUUGCUCAUGAGCCAGGUCUACACCUCUCUGGCUGAGAAGCUGACCAGAUGGGAAAUGCACCGGACACAGACGCAGCACGAGGACGCAUUUACCUUCAAGGUGUUCAUUUUCCAGUUUGUGAAUUUCUACUCCUCGCCUUUCUACGUGGCCUUCUUCAAAGGCAGGUUUGUGCGGUAUCCGGGUCAGUACGGCAAACUCCUGGGCAUGCGGAACGAGGAUUGCGGGGCGGGCGGGUGCCUGAUCGAGCUGGCCCAGCAGCUGUUUGUCAUCAUGGUUGGGAAGCAGAUUAUCAGCAACAUCCAGGAGUUCCUCAUCCCCAAGGUGAAGUCCUGGCACCAGAAGCGGAAGCUGGCCCGUGUGCGGGGCACCCAGAUCAGCCAGGAGCCCAAGCGCUGGGAAGAGGACUUCGAGCUCAUUGAAUGCGAAGGGCUCUUUGAGGAAUACCUGGAGAUGGUGCUGCAGUUUGGCUUCAUCACCAUCUUCGUGGCUGCCUUCCCCCUGGCUCCGUUGUUUGCGCUGCUCAACAACUGGGUGGAGAUCCGGCUGGAUGCCCAGAAAUUUGUGUGUGAAUACCGCCGCCCGGUGGCUGAGCGUGCCCAGGGCAUCAGCGUCUGGUUCUUCAUCCUGGAUGUCCUGGCCCAAGUCUCGGUUGUUGUCAAUGCCUUCCUCAUCGCCUUCACUUCAGACUUCUUGCCACGUCUCUUGUACCAGUACGAGUACGACAGCCACCUCCGGGGCUAUGUGAACUUCACCCUGGCUUACUCCCCUCCCAGUUAUGUGGACAGCAACCACACCAUGUGCAGGUACAAGGCUUUCCGCGACACCAACGGCAGCUACACCCUCUUCUACUGGAAGCUCUUAGCCAUCCGCCUGGGCUUCAUCAUCACCUUUGAGCACGUGGUCUUCUUUUGCUUGCGCCUAAUCGACUGGCUGGUGCCGGACGUCCCGGAGUCCCUGGAGGUGAAGAUCAAGCGCGAGAGAUAUCUGGCCAAGCAGGCCUUGGCUGACAACCAGGCUGCGCUGCUGAUGGUGAGUCCAGGCUCCUCGCCCUGCUCAGCAAGCAGCCUUCUCCCCAGCAGCCUAGCCUAGCAACACUGGGGGGGCUGCUGCAAAGUGAGCCUGCCGCCAGCUCAGCUCCGCCGCACACAAGGAUCGCCCAGGAGACGUCGCCGUGGAGGCCCUUUGGGGCACAGACUGUGGAUAGGGGCGCACCUGCAAGGACCCAGCUUGGAUCUGCCCUCACCCUCUGCUGCCCUACCGCUUGGGUAACAAGGUGGGCUGGGCAUCCACAGCCCCCAGAGGCGGCAAUGCUGCGCACCUGUCUCAAAGCAUUCUCCUGGAGGAGCACCGAGUCUUUCUGAGUCCAAAGGCCACAAGAACGUUCCCUCCCGGUCAUCACUGGACUUGUGUUCCCCGGAACCUUUUGCAGCUCUGAGAAGUUCAGCCGAGUGUCUCGCCGCAUGGGUGCUCAGGAGGAAUGGCUGCAGAGCACGAACACCCCUGCCCCACACUUACUUGGGGCUCUGACCUGCUUCUCCUCCUGCGAGGUUCUUAUGCAUGAAAGCACGGCUUGCAGGGGCACCCAUUCUGCUUCUCUGGCUCCUGAGACACCCUUGGGGAAGAGGGGCUGCAUUCCCAGUGCAUGGGAGGGGGGUACCCUCCUGCCCCAUCCUGCCUUUUGCCCGUGUCCUCAGCAUGCCGUCUCUCAGUAGGGGGUGGCAGUUGUCCCCCCCCCCCGGAAGGUGCGGGAGUGGGUGCUUGACAGUCCUGCUUGAGCGCAUGUAAACGUGAGUCCAUCCAGUCAGUGACAGAGGGAGAGGAAUCUGCGCCCAGGGCACGACCUGCCUGCCCCCCCCCCAUCCGCUCACGCCCACCAGCCAUGUUGGGCUCAUAAAGCUCAAAGAAGAGAAGGGUACUCCCUGCACCCCCCCCAAAAAAACCCUCCUCAGUCUCUUGACUGGUCCAGCGUCUCCCGUCUUGAGUGCGAGUGAAGGGCGUUUCCUUGAGGAAAGAGGCGUCUUGCUGCCUUCCCUUGGCAGUGCCCAAGCCCCUGGCCCCAACCCUGUCCGAGCUGUAGCAGACAGGGCGUGCCCUGCUCCUCCCUCUGACGGGGGGGGGGGGGGCUGGGGAUCGGCAGGAAGAGGUAGGAUGUCAGGGGUGGGGGGAGGCAAACACAACCCAAGGGCCACAGCCAGAGGGGGCUUGUUGAAAGCAACCUUGAGUAGGGCCAAAGCGGUCUGGGCAAACUGCUUCCUGGCCAGUUGCAAGGCCAGACUUCUUAAGGGGGGGGCAAGACUACCCUGAGGCUGGAUGCCCCGGGCUUGCUCUGAGAGAGGUGCCCCUGGUAGCCCCGAAGGUACGCACUGAGGCCAGGGGGCGCACGAUGCUAUUGCUGGGGGGGGGGGAGGUGGGUUCCUGCAUGUCUGGCUCCUCCCCCCAACCCUGGCCAAAAACCGCUUCCUGUUGCAGCCACAGUGGCCUCCCCAGUCUGUAUGUUGUGGGGCUCCCCAAUGUGGUGAAUAUUAAAAAUAUGAAAAUAGCACUUGAAA